CCGCCGGUGCACGCGCACAGCCGCACGGCCCGCCGCUCCGAUCCUGCAGCACACGCCCUGCCCGAGCUUGAGCCGCUGGCGCCAUGGCGGCGAUGCACGAGCUGUCCGAGCUGUACCGAGAGAGCAAUGACCUGCAGAUGGAUGUGAUGCCCGGCGAGGGCGACCUUCCGCAGAUGGAGGUAGGCGGCGGGAACCGGGAGCCGUCCCCGAACCACCCCCGCCACCGGGGCCCGCCUGGGCCCGAGGAGGAAGGCCCGAUGGAGGAGGAGGGGGCGCAGGCCAUGGCGGCGGCCGCGGGGGACCGAGGCCUUGCAGGCCGGCCCGACCUCGGGGAGCUGCCAGCCGUGUUCGCCGGCCCCGAGUUUGAGGCCGAGGAAUUCGAUGACUGGGAGGACGACUACGACUACCCCGAGGAGGCGCAGCGGCGCGGUGCCAGCUACCGGGGGGCCUCCGUGGCCCUGGACGAAGCCAACAAGAUAUUUCUGAGAACGUCCAGCGCCGGGGAGGCGGCCGCGGACGGCGGUUUUCAGAUGCAUUACGAGAAGACCCCGUUUGAUCAGCUGGCCUUUAUCGAAGAGCUUUUUUCACUGAUGGUUGUCAAUCGCCUGACCGAAGAGCUCGGCUGUGAUGAGAUUAUUGACAAAGAUUAGUCAAAUGCGGUGAAAGAGGAGGAAGCCACUUGAGGAGACACCCAGCAUUCCACUGUCUCUUGGGUUUAUUCCAAAUGGUUCCGUGCCAAUGAAAAACUUCAUCUUCAAAAAAAAAUUUUUUUUUGGUUUUGUUGUUCAGAAUAGAAUGGGGCAGUGACUGCACAGUUGUGAAAAAGAAAAAAAAAAGCUGUUAAAGGAAAAAGGAUCUUAGGACUGUUGAAACCGGUUUAUCCUGAAACACCUAUGGCUUUGACUUCGCGAUUGAUCCAGAUUAUCUUCUUUGCAUUGGGAAAAAUUACUGCCACAGCCACUGUGAGGAAUGCUUUUGCAAGAAUGCAUCGUGACCAAGACACACUGCCAGCCAGUGCAAGAGCCCACUGUUGGUAAUUACGUGAGAAAAAGUAAUGUAUCCAACGUGGACACCAGAUGUCCUUUGAGUUUAUUGGACAGAAAGCCUAUUGAGAAAACUUUGAAGAUUCCGCUUUGUGAUCUGUUCAAGCUGUAGGUAGCAAAGGCUAAAUUUUUUGUGUAUAAUAAUAAGGUGAAUAUUCUUAGUAUCCCAGAAGUAUAAGCAAACCCCAGAAGAAAUAUGUAUCAUGUGUACUACAUGUUAUGUUUCCAAGGGCAUCUGAAAUUUUAUUUGUACAUGUAUCUUGAUCAUUUAUAAAGCUAUUGUGAUCUGUAAUUCAAGAAAAUUCAUUAUCUUGACCAUUAUUUUUAAAAGUAAAAAAUGAAGAAUUCCUUAGUAAAUUUUCAAAUUCAGACCAUUAAAAUGUAUGUGAAAGUAUAAAGAAAACUAUUUCUAAUACCUUCCUAUCCUAGAGGAAUUUUGUUUUACCUUUAACUUUACAGGGAAAAGACUGGUGGGACUUCAUCAUGAAAGAACUGUUAAGUGAAAAUUGUCAAGUAAAAGAAAGGCCCUACAUUUAAAAAAGACUUUAUGGACAGUUGUGCCGUCAACGUUUAAAGGUUUCAAAACUAUCCAGAAAUUUCUGAAGUUUCCUUCUGUCUCCUCCUCUAAUUAAGCUUGUCAUUGGUUAUGCACCAGCAUUUGAGAUAAUAAAAUUUCUUGUUCUGUGUA